UGUGAGGCAGAGGCAGGUGGAACUCAGCGAGUUCCAGGUCAUCUGCUCUACGGAGCAAGUUCCAGGGCAGCCAGGGCUACACAAAAGAAACUGUUGGUGGAGGGGGGUAGGAGGGGGGGACCACACACACAAAACAAAAUAGCUUUAGUGCAUUUACAGUGCCUGUGUCCGCCCUUGUUGCUCUGAAGCCUGUUGAUAUCAAAAGCCAAGGAACUGUUGUGAUGGUUCAAGGAUGGAUUAGGAAAGAUAGUGAAUAAUAGCUUCUUAAGGCUAGCCUGGUCCAUUUGUUCUAAAACAAGGCCCAGAAGUUGAGGUUGCUUAUUGCCUUCUCUAUCUCUGGAAAAGGCAAAUGCACACAAGAAUUCUCUGAUUUCACUGACCUCAGUGCUCUCUUACAAAUCUCCUACACAUUGAUACGCUAGCCCUGUCUAUCAUUCAGCUUACACACUACAACUGUACCAUAAUUUAACAAGCUAAGGGUGUCUAGACUAGAGAAAAUAUGACAACUACUUUCAAGUAUUCAAGGGUUAUGAAAUAGAAGAUAAAACAGGUUUGUUUAAUCUUAUACUCCAAGGACAGACUAGAAAAAUACAUGGAAAAUUUCAGACUGGUAACAAUGUUUGAAUUAGAUUCUUUCCAAGAAAGUCACAGGCUGUUUGUUCAUUGUUUAAUGUACUUUGAAACAAAGAGUAUCAUAAAAGCAAGAAAUCUGUACAACAAAUAGGAUGUUAGACUAAGCCUAAUUCUCUGAACCUGAUAAACCACUCUGACCAGAGCCUUCCAUUUUCACGUCAUGCACUAUCUUAUUCUCUUUUCAUCUGGUCUCCAACCUGUUAAUUAUAACUGUAGCCCUAUGAUGAGUCCAUGUGCUCCUGGCCUACCACCUGUACAUGGCUUUGCUUUCUUCCCUGCUUGACCACUUCAGCCACUUUCAACCCCAUGUCACUCCAGUCUCUAAGUCUCACUUGCUCAGCUGACUUUCUAAUUUGAAUGAGCUGAAUCAUUCACAUUUUGUUUGCUUCUACAGUCAGGUAGACCUAAAAAGAAAAUUACACAACCACGUGAGAUGCUGUCAGCAUACACCAAUGGUCAGUGCUCAGUGGGGGCACUUGACACUAUCUAGUACCUUCCAGGCUUCUACAAACUCUCAAACUAAUGUGAAACAAUAACUAGAAAAGAGCUGAGCAAUCAGCCAGUGAGGUGGCUUAGCAGAUAAAGGCACUUACAGCAAAUAAAGCCUGAUUAUCUGAGCUCAAUCUCUGAGAUCCAAAUGUCAGAAGAAGAGAAUCAAGUCCCCCAAGUUGUCCUUUGCACUGAGGAAACUGAGUUAGAAGAACUGCUGUUAAGUUUCAGUCCAGUCUGGCUAUAGAGUGAGUACCAAGGCAGCAAGGGCUACGGAUAGCAAGACCUUAACCCCAAGUCCUGAUCCGCACCCCCCCUUCCCCAAAUCUAGUUAAAAUACAUAUUUUCAUUCGGUGAAUGUGAAAAGGAGAUGGUGUACUUUAAGUGAGCUCUUAGGUCAUGGAUGCUGCAUCUACUGAUUCAGGGAGCACACAGGGAGGGCAGAAACUUAUCCAGAUAGCACCCUUACUCUCCAGAGAUGACAUGAUAUCUUACUGUAAGUAAACUGAAAUAGGCCAGGUGGUAGUAGCACACACUGUUAUUCCCAGCACUAGGAGGGCAGAGACAGGUGGAUCUCUGUAAGUUCAAGGUCAGCCUGGUCUACAGAGAGAGUUCCAGGGCAGUCAGGGAUACAGAGAAAAACCCUGUCUUCAGAAGAAAUAGAAAAAGGAAAUUGAAAUAAUUAGACCUAAACUCUUUUACUCCUCCCCACAUCAAGCCUAUUAGAAAAUGCUUUCUUUCUUUUUCAAAGAAAGAUGUUUCAUUUUAUUUAAAGCAAGUCUCUCCACUUGAACUCUGAAUACCAGCCCUCCUAACUUAUAAAGUACACUAAAAAGCAAACCAAAAACAAAACAAAAGACAGCUGGUGCGAUGGCACAUGCAUUUGAUUCUAGCACUUACAGAGGCAGAAAUACUUCUGUGAGUUCAAGCCAGCCUGAUCUACACAUUGGUCAGUUAGGGUUACAUAGGUGAGACUCUGUCUCAAGAAGACCCAGUAGAAGUAGUAGUAGUGGUAAUGGUGGUAGUGGUAGCAGUAGCAAAAAACUGUCAACAGUAAUAAAAAGUUGUCAAUGAAGUGCUCAACAGAAAUGAGGCAGUGCCCAAAUCCCAAGGCUCAGUGACCAUUGAAGAAAAAGGGCAGCAAGACUCUGAAAUCCAGAGUUGGACUGGAUCCAAAGAGUUUCUUCGGGACAUGACAGGACUACUGCACUCAUGAACUCUUAUCAGCUAUGGCCGCCUGCAUGAAAUCAAGCAAGUCAACACUAUAGCAUUGAAAGGGACAGGGGCAUGAGCUCCCACUCAUAACUGCAGAGUUACAGACAACUGAUAGCUUCUGGGGAAGAGAAAACCCAAUUUUUAAGGUUGUGGCCCCUGGUAAAUCAACCAAACUCCAGUGGAUGCCCUACACCAAGGAGUAUAUGAGAAGUACCUCAUGGAUCAUUUUUUAAAAAGGACACAAAACUGGGGACACUAUGAGGGAGGGAGGAGUGAAUCUGAGAGGAGUUAGGAGCAGUAGGGUGAAAUGGUCAAAAUACACUCUAUUAAAUUUUCAAAGAAUAAAAAUAUUUUUAAAUCAUUUAGAUUUAUUUAUGUGUAUCUGUAUCCUGCCUUCAUGUAAAUAUGUGACAACAUCUACAUGCCCAGUGCCCUCAAGGGUCAGAAGAGGGCAUCAGAUACUUUGGAAUUAAAGUUACAGAUUGCUGUUAGUCACCAUGUGAAUGUUAGGAAUCAACUCGGGGCCCUCUGCAAGAGCAACUGGUACUUUUAACUGCUGAGCUAUCUCUCCAUAACCCCUAAAAAGAUUUCUUAAAAUUAAAAUUAAAAAUAUCAGUAUUUCCAAAUUCUUCUUCAUAAAACAGUCUUGCCCUGGUCAGUACCAAAGUCACUGAGUCCAAGUGAUUAUUGAGGACUUUAAAUGUGCUCAGUUCAAUUGAGAUGUGUUGUGUUUAAAAUCUCAUUAAUAGUUUUAUAAUAUUACUAUUAAAAUAUUUUUAUACUUUGAGCUAAAUAACAUUUCACUGAAUUAACUGAAAUUAAUUUCCUCUUUCUUUUUACUUUUUUUUUUACUUUUUUCUUUUCUUUCUUUCUUUUUUUAAAGACACACACUCUGGCUAUUUGGCCAAGCAUAUACUAAAAUUUCUGAUUCUCCUAUUUUAAACUCCUCUGUGAGCCACCAUGUUACCAUCAUGGUUUAACCUCCUAAACAUGACUACUAGAGAACUAAAAGUAUGUGACAGUUUUCAGCAUGGCAUAUACCUAUAGCAUACACCAUGGGCUCUACUAUCUUUUUUAAGGGUUGGGGGAAAAUUAAACUUGAAGGGUAUUCCCCUCUACUCCAUUCCCCGCCCCUCCCCGCUGCUCCCCUGGUUUCUUCUUUCUUUUUUACUUCCUAUCUACUCCUCUGCAGACCUGCCUGACUUCUGACUUAUUUAAAAAGUCUCUUUGAGCUGACCAAAGCCUUCUUAGGUGGCAAACAAAAGCAAUACUUUCCAAUCAGAACGUUCUGUUAAACGACCAUCCCCUCUUCCUUAAUGGCUGUGUGCAGGGACUGUGCGGGUUGUCCUGGUAGCCCUGGCAUCUCUGGUGCAUGCACGGCUGGGCCCACUGCAGGCCUGCAGCAAACAAGCACACGCACGACUGCACUACUGGCUAAGCCUGCGCUCGGUCGGCCUUCCAAGGUCCCCGCGGCGCCACAGCCUGCCCUCCCGGGCGCGCGAGGCUGUCUGUCCUCACGCAGUCCAUAAGGACACACCUUGGCUUUUACCUUCCCCGCCACGCAGGUGACUGUCCUGCCGCACCUAGCAACGACAGCUCUCGCGGCUGUACAGAAUGGCUGGUGGAUUGCAAAAACACCUCGAGCCCACUUCCCCGUUCCGCGGGCUGACGCGGAGCACCGCGGCGCGUGUAGGUUAGAAACUGCAGACCCUGGUCCCGCGGCGUCGCCCGGCGCUGCGGUCCGCGGUGGCCUUGCGGGGCAAACGACAGCCGCAGACCCACGCGGGCCACAAGGCCCGCUGCCGUCCCCAGCUCCCUCGCCUCCCCCGAGGCCCGGGUGACAGAGACGCCCGUCCAUCAGCGCCCUUACCGGAGCGGCGGUCGCCUCAGCCAUGGCCCUCCGCUGCCCGGUCCUGUCCCGGGAGUCGCCACCACACGCAGGCCCGGCUGCUCAGUGCUCUCGGCAGACGGCGAGAAGCGGUCUCGCGUUGCUCGCUCUGACAGGACUCGCGCGGCAAUCGGGCUUCCGGGGGCGCUGGGACGCAGAGGAGCUGAGUAGCGAGCAGCCUACGCCGCACCGGCUGCAGCCGCCCCUCAGCUGGCGCUUUGUGGGCAGCGAGUACUGCAGGCGCUCUGCCGGCCUAGACGCGCCCCCCUCCGGUCGGUCCUCCCGGGACAGCGCGCCCCCUGGCGGCCCCCGCAUCCGGAGCGCCUUCCCAGAGUUCCCACUGACUUUUGAAGAUGUAGCCAUUUACUUCUCUGAGCAAGAGUGGCAACACUUAGAGGCCUGGCAGAAGGAACUUUACAAGCAAGUCAUGAGAACCAAUUACGAGACUCUCAUCUCUCUAGAUAAUGGACUGCCCAAACCAGAACUAAUAUCCUGGAUUGAACUUGGGAGAGAGCUCUUCGGCAGCUGGGGAGAAAAAAAGAAACCAGACAAAGAAACUCACUGCUCUAUAGAUGAUGUGCAUGUUCAUCUAGCCAUUGAGGAACAGUUACUUGAGAGUAGCCAGCGAGCUGUGAAAUCAGAAGUCACAUGCCACUCCCAGUUAAAUCCUCUGGAGAGUCGGCAUUCCUUUGGACUUGCUGUAGGAGAAAGGGUAGAUGCUUCCCUCAGACAUGAUCAAGGCAUCAGUCUUGUAAACGCACAAACACGCUGUGGUGAGGCUGUUGUUUCAGUGGUGCAUAGCUCCAGUGAGGCUGCCCAAAGAAAAGUACUCUCAAGUCACAGAACUCUGGCUCUCCCUGGCUUGCAGAGAGUUUCCUCUUGGCAGAGUACCCAGAACUCUUGUCCAGUCUGUAGGGAAAACUCUUGGGAGAAGAAUCACUUAGUGAAGCAACAGAAGGGCCACUCAAAGAGCCGGUCAUAUAGGGUCUGGAAGAAGUUCAGCAGACAGGCUGAUGCUAAACAGCCUUGGAGCAUCUCAUGUCUCGGAUGUGGGAAGAGCUUCCGCCUAAAGCAGUACUUGGUGAGACAUCUAGAUAUCCACACAAGGAAGAGACCACCCCAGUGCCCUAAGUGCAAAAUGUGCUUCCAUCAUGAACGUACCCUUUUCAGCCACCACCUGAAGAACAGUUCUUCCCAGCACCCCACAUGUGACACGAGCUUCCGGACAGAUAGCAGUGUUGACCUGUGCCAGCAGAUUCAAGAGAGGCCAGCCUUCUGGAGAGAAGACACCAACGUGCCCUCAAGACAGAAGCCGGGUCCCAGUCUGGACUGUGAGGACUGCUGCCACAUGGGUAGCAAGCUGAAGGGCCUGCAGUGUGGCUGCAUCCUAGGUGAGGACAGACCCCACUCACACACAGAGUAUGGCAAUUGCUUCCUCUCACAGUCGAAGCAGGCAGGUCUCUGCAGGACACACACAGGAGAAAAAGCCUCUCAGUGUCCAGAAAGCAACAAGCGCCUCUGCCUGAGAGGCCUACAGAAUGUCCACCAACAUGGGCUUCGUGGAGAAAAACCAGUCUUCUGUAGAAAGUGUGGUCAAGGAUUCACCAAGCAUUGCGGACUCACAGAACACACCCGAAUCCUCAGCGGGGAGAAAUCUUUCUGGUGUGCCCAGUGUGGAAGGAACUUCAGCCAAAAGGGACAGCUGCUGAGGCACCAGCGGCUUCACUUAGAGGAAAAACCCUUCCAAUGCACAAUGUGUGAGUUGCGCUUCCAUCUGAAGAGCAGGUUGAGGGCCCACCAACUACAACAUGGUGGAGAAAGGCCAUUCUCCUGCAGUGAGUGUGGCCGAGCCUUCACCCAUCAGUGCAAGCUCCGUGAGCAUCUGCGAGUGCACAGUGGAGAGAGGCCCUUUCAGUGUCCCGAAUGCCACAAGAGCUUCCGCCUGAAGGGCGUCCUGAAGGCCCAUCAGCGCAUCCACAGCAAGGAGAGGCCAUUCUCCUGCGGGGAAUGUGGCAAGGGCUUUAUAAGACAGUCUAAGCUCACAGAGCACUUCCGCGUCCACAGUGGAGAGAGGCCCUUCCAGUGUCCUGAGUGUGACAGGCGCUUUCGCCUAAAGGGGCAGCUGCUUAGCCAUCAGCGCCUACACACAGGAGAGAGACCCUUCCAGUGCCCGGAGUGUGGCAAGAGCUACCGUGUGAAGGCUGACAUGAAGGCGCACCAGCUGCUGCAUGGCGGGCAGAUGCCGUUCUCUUGCCAGUGUGGAAAGGGCUUUGCCAAGCAAUCUAAACUCGUGGAACACAUGAGGACACAUACAGGAGAGAAGCCUUUUCAGUGUCCCAAGUGCGACAAGAGCUUCCGAUUGAAAGCUCAGCUCCUCAGCCACCAGGGCCUGCACACAGGCGAGAGACCUUUCCACUGCCCUGAAUGUGAUAAAAACUUCCGGGAAAAGGGUCACAUGCUCAGGCACCAGCGCAUCCACAGGCCCGAGCGGCCCUUUGCCUGCGGUGACUGUGGAAAGGGCUUCAUUUAUAAGUCCAAACUGGCUGAGCACAUCCGAGUACACACAAAGGCCUGCCAGGUGCCACGUGAACCUGACAUUAAGAAAAGGCUUAGCCAACUGUUUGCAAUGAUAGAGGCUGACUGGAGUUGAGGUGGGUGGGACGGCAGCUCUGGGAGCAAAGCUUAAUUGCCAGGGCAGCCUGAAGAACGGUGGCUGAGCCUACUGGGAAGCAGGUUUUAGGAACAGAGGGGCUCUACUUAUUCAAAAUAUAAAUUCAAAAUGGGGAACUAUGAAGAAUUUUCUCUUUUGGAAUACCGCCAAUUAUAUCCUCUCCCUUGGUAAAAAGAGGUUUUUGUUCUUCCCACCACUUUGGGUGCAUUUCACCCAAAAGCAGUUAGUUCACAAGUCCCAGCUUAAACCAGAAGGAAAUUCCUCCAGAGCCACUGUCAAAGCUACAAAAGGCAGAGGGAGGGGGUCUAGUUAAUAUCAGCUCUACUCUUUUGUUCUUUCCAGAUUAUAAUUCGGUUAAAUACAGUGAAUUUAAUUUCUGUGGUGAUAUGCGUUUGGGUUUGCUUUUUUUUUUUUUUUUUUUUUUUUGGUUUUUCGAGACAGGGUUUUUCUGUGUAGCCCUGACUGUCUCCUGGAACUCACUUUGUAGACCAGGCUGGCCUCGAACUCAGAAAUCCGCCUGCCUCUGCCUCCCAAGUGCUGGGAUUAAAGGCGUGUGCCACCACGCCCGGCACUUGGGUUUGCGUUUCACUUAUUUUGAAACCCAUAAGAUAAAUUCUCAGAAUUUCAUGUGACUGUUGAAAUUUCUCCUCGGGACUCUUGAUGAUUAAUGUAUAGCAUGGUCUUAAGAAAAUGCUGAUAAUCUGAGUUGAGGAAACAAAAAACCAAGGUUGAGCGGUCUGGCUCCAGAUCAGGGGCUGAGUCAGUGGAUAGAGAUUUCAGAGUUCUGGUGUGGUAAUGCUAUUCGAAGCAGAAGUAAGGUUCUCAAGAAUAAAUGAAUACUUAGGCAACUGACUAAAGAACAGGUAGAGUGGAUUGGAGAGAUAGCUUCACGGUUAAGAGCACUGACUGCUCUUCUGAAGCUCCUGAGUUCAAUUCCCAGCAAGUACAUGAUGGCUCACAACCAUCUGUACAACUACUGUGUACUCAUAUACAUAAAAUAAAGAAAUAAAUCUUAAAAAGAAUAGGCAGAGCAUAAACCAGGUAUCGCAAUAUGCAAAUUACUUAUAGUCUCACAUCUAGUAGAACUAUAGAGAUCUGGCUCAACUCACAGAUAUCCACUGCCUUUGUCCCCCAAGUACUAGAACUAAAGGCGUGGCCAGGACACAAAUCUCACUGAGACUUUCUGAAGGUCUCCUUCCAGGGCAGGAAUUCUUGCACUGUACUUAAUUGGAAAUCUAGAAACCAAGUCAUGUUCUUUGGAUAAGAAAUACCUCAAACCAAACCUAACUCUACUUGACAGAGCCAAAUCCCAACCUUUUAAGAAGAUUAUACUCCUUAAGUUUCUUUGUUAUUAAAUGCCAGCGUAUUCUAAGUAUUUGGUACUGUUACUCAAAAGCAAAUGCUAUUGGAAUUUGUAGAAAUGAAACAUUGAAAUGUAAAUAAACUCCAACGUAUUUUUAUAUUAAAAAGAAAGUGUAUGAAAGUUUAAGUCUACUCUGGAGUGGGACUGCAUGAUACUGACUUUAGCGAUUAAGUGCCCAUCGACGCCAGAGGAGUAUGUGUCCUGUGCCCUGGGUCUGGAGUUAUAGACUAUGGCAAGCUAUCAUGUGGGACCUAGGACUCAAACCCAGGUCUUCUACAAGUGCAGCAAGUAUUCCUGACUGGUGAGCCAUAUCUCCAGCCUCCUUUAUUGGUUUAAUAUUUACUAAUUUUUUCUGUAUGUCUUUGUGUAAGGGUGCCAGUGCAUGUGCCAUGGCGCUUGUGUAGAGGUUAGAGGACAACCAGUGUUGGUCCUCUCUUUCUACCUUGUUUCUACAGAAUCUCCUUUUGUUGUCUCUGGGCUGUGCACUCCAAAUGAGUAGGCCUGUGAGCUCUAGGGGGAUUGACCUGUCUCUGCCUCAUCCCUCACAGGGGAAAUGCUAGGAUUGCAGACAUGUACUAUGGUGUCCCGCUCUUUACUUUUAAACUAUUUGUUUAAUUAUAUGUAGGUGUGUAGAUCUACUCAACUGAGAGUCUUGCACUAGGAGGCCAGAGUCAUGGACUUCUUCUAUAUGCAGUUAAGGUAGUGAGUUACCCUCUGUGAGUGCUAGAACUAGAAUUCAGCUCCUCCACAAGAGCAUCACACACUGGACAAGAGCUCUACCUCUGAGCUAAAUCCCCAACUUGAAUUACACACCCUUAACCAUUGAACCAUCUCUCUAACUGCUUGUUCUGGUCAACCCAGCUCGCUCCAGUAAGUCCUGCUCGCUCUGUCCCAAAGAUUUAUUUAUUAUUAUACAUAAGUACAUUGUAGUUGUCUUCAGACGUGGCAAAAGAGGGCGUCAGAUCUCAUUGCAGGUGGUUGUGAGCCACCAUGUGGUUGUGGGAUUUGAACUCAGGACCUUCAGAAGAGCAGUCAGUGCUCUUAACCACUGAGCCAUCUCUAUUGAGCCAGCCCUAUUAUUAAACAUAUAUAAUAUUGUACCCUGAAAACUACUUGGCAUACAGGUUUUUUAAUAGAUACCAAAAGAGCAAAAUGAAGUGGUUGAGUCUAAACUCAGUGUCAUGCAGUCCGACUCCAGAGUGUACUUAAAAUUUCAUAAUUCUUUUGUUUUUAAUAUGAAAGUAUGCUAUGUUUCAUCUAUAUUUCAAUGCUUCAUUUCUACAACUUCCAAUAGUGCUUGUCUUUUUAGUAACAAUACCAAAUAGUUAGAAUACUCUGGGAUUAAUAACAAUGAAACUUAAGGAGCAUAAUCCUUAAAUUGAAAAACAUUAGAGGCUAGUACCUUUGGCAUAAAAAGGAAAUUACUGAGCCAACUAUUUAUUUCUAUGAACUUAGAAACAGCUUAUCAAGAGCAACCCUCUGCAAAAACCGAUCAGGUUGCCAGCCCUGUGUUACAGUAAGUAGCUGGGCAAACCUAAAUGGGACUCUUGCCCUACAACAUCAAAGACAGUCAGUAUUUAGCUACAGGGAACUGCAGUUACAGUGGCAUCUAUUGAAACAUUCUAUUCUAAACCAUGAACACAGACUCUGAGUAUGAAGAAAGAGAACACAGUAGGCAGGCACACACAGCUUCUAAGCAGCUAGUUCUGAAGGUGUGUCCAGAGCGCAUUUCAGUUUGCAAUUACAAUUCUAAGAGGCCAAGAAAAGCUAACUUCCAUGAUAUGUUACAAGUGUAAGAUAAAAAAAAAAAAGUGGGGUCAGGCCUAGUGGCCCAUCCUUUAAUCCCAGUUCUCUGAGGGCAGAGGCUUGCUGAUUUCUAGGAGUUCAAGGCCAGCCAGAGUUAUGUUGUGCAACCUUGUCUAAAAACAAACAAAAAACCAAAACCCAAACAAACAAAACCUGGGGUUGGGGAGAUGGCUCAGUGGUUAAGGGUGUGUAAUUCAAGUUGGGGAUUUAGCUCAGAGGUAGAGCUCAGAGGUUAAGACCAUUUACUGCUCUUGCAAAGGACCUGAGUUCAGUUUAUAACAGCCAUGUCAGAUGACUCAGGAGACCUAUAACGAUAGCUCUAAUGGACCCAGUGUCCUUUUCUGACCUUUACAGGCACCCGCACUCACAUGCACACACCCAACACCCACAUAACACAUACUUUAAAAAUAAAAGUGGAGAGCUAAGGGAGGUUGGUCAGCUAUUCUUCCAGAAGACCUCAGUUUGAUUUGCCGCACCCACAUAAUGGGACAUACCCACCUGUAACUCCAGUUAUGGGAGUUCUAACCCUUUCUUCUGGCGUCCUCAAGUAACCAGGCAUGUAAGUAGUGCAUAGACAUACAUGCAAGUAAAACUCCUAUGCACGUAAAACAAGAUAAAAAUAAAAAUGAGGGGCUAAAACUGGGUCUGGUGACACAUACCUUUAAUCUCAGCACUUGGAGGCAGAAGCAGGUAGAUCCCUAAGUUCCAGGCCAGCCUGAUCUACGGAGUGAGUUUCAGGACAGUCAAGGCUACAUAGAGACAUCCUGUCUUGAAAAUCAAAACCACUCUUUCCGCCAUCUUGGCACCUGUGGAGGCCUGCUGGGAACAGGACUUCUAACAGCAAAUAUGUCUGGAAGGCUGUGGUGCAAGGCCAUUUUUGCUGGCUACAAGCGAGGUCUCCGGAACCAAAGAGAGCACACGGCUCUUCUUAAAAUUGAAGGCG